UUAAAUUUACAUAGUUUGUUAUUGAAAUUGUAUUAUUUUUUGUAUUUUGAGUUUGCUAAAACUCUUGAACAUUAUUCAAAGUUCUCAUUUGUUUAUAAAAAAACAAAAAAUGAUUAAAGUUUCAUUAACUGUAUUAGUUAUAUUUUUGAUGUUUCUAAUUUAUGUAUCUACACCAAGUACACUCAUUUCGGAGCCUGUGGAUGGUAGUGUAAAUAGUACUAAACUAAUCUCACAUUUUUUGAAAGCUCUGCCUAAAAAUAAAGUUAACAAAACGAAAGUUGGCUUACUUCGACAUUUCAUUGCCCCCAUAAGAAACAUUUUGCCUGCUAAUGGCAAAUUGGAAGAUUGUGGGGAACCACUAUUCCUCACUCCAUUACUCAAACAAGGAAAAAUAAAAGAAGCUCGCAACUUGAGCCGAGUUGAGCUACCAAAUGACUCUGGUGCAACUCACAGCUUCUCAGGUUUCUUCAAUGUUGAUGAAGAAAAUGGAUCUGAGAUGUUCUUCUGGUUUUUCCCAGCCAAGAUUACUCCUGAGGUGGCUCCAUUGCUCAUCUGGCUACAAGGAGGGCCUGGAGGGUCCUCUCUCUUCGGGUUAUUUGCUGAAAAUGGUCCAUUUGGUGUUGAUGCUAACAUGCAGCUGGUGUACCGCAAUUCUUCCUGGUCAAAUACCCACAAUUUACUCUACUUUGACAACCCUGUUGGCACUGGCUUCAGCUUCACCACUAAAGAUGCUGGAUAUGCCACCAACGAGUCCGCCGUAGGGGAAGGCCUGUACUCUGCUCUGCUGCAGUUCCUCACUCUGUUUCCUGAACUCCGUCGCAACGAGCUGUAUGUGAGCGGCGAGAGCUAUGCAGGGAAGUACGUGCCAGCGCUGUCCUACACUAUUCACAAGCACAACCCAAGUGCUGACGUGAAGAUCAACUUCAAAGGCAUGGCCAUCGGUGAUGGGUUGUGCGAUCCUGUCACGAUGCUGGACUACGGAGACUUCCUUUAUGAUGUUGGUUUGUUGGACGAAGUUCAGCGUGACCUCUUCCGGAAAAAGCAGGUUGAAAUCAGGAGCUACAUUGCCAAGGGCCUCUGGCAAAAGGCUUUCAUAACUUUUGAUGAAUUGCUGAACGGUGACACCACCGACACCCCGUCAAUUUUCACAAAUGCCACCGGCCUGACUUUCUACUACAACUACCUCACGGAACGGGAGCCCGACGACAUGAAUUUCUUCGGAAAGUAUAUAAACGAAGCUGAAGUGCGGCGCGCCAUCCAUGUCGGGAAGCUUGCUUUCAACGACGGCAAGGCAGUGGAGCAGCAUCUCAUCAAUGACGUCAUGCAGAGUGUCAAGCCCUGGAUCGAAGAGAUCCUGAACCAGACGCAGUACCGAGUUAUGAUCUACAACGGACAACUCGAUAUCAUCAUUGCCUAUCCUCUCACUCGGAACUUCGUGGAAUCUCUAAAGUGGCGGGACUCGGACGCUUAUCUCUCGGCUCCAAGACGUAUCUGGAAGGUUGACGGUGACGUAGCAGGUUACGUGAAAGAGACUCGCAACUUCGUGGAAGUUCUAGUUCGGGGAGCCGGCCAUAUGGUGCCGUACGACCAGCCUGCUCGUGCGUACGAUAUGAUCAACAGGUUCACGGGGGCGGACGCGGGCAAGACGUCAAGCUCUUUCAUGGACUAGUGCUGAACCCUCGGCAAUGGAAGGCUCAAAAUUAGUAUAGCCUAGUUGUAAUAUUUUUUUUUUUAUGGCCCUGAGUUUGUAUCCCAUUAGAGCAGUGCUGUAUAUAGGUGUUUAUUAGGCGGUUCAUUAAACAUUCUUUUCUCAACGCUCGGUAACGAGUUGGAAGAUGCUUCUUCAUUUUAGUUAUCGUUGAAUUCCAUCAGUUUUGGUCCCUCGUCUUCUAUCACAAAUGCUGCAGGCGACGUAAACUAUUAUUAAUUUAUUUUUAACAACCGCCUUGCAACUGAAACGGAGCUAAACAAAAGUGCAUUAGUUCUAUUCCUAUUGGGAAAUUUCUAUUUAUCUUCGUUCAGAAUCGAUGUUAUGUUUAGCCAGAAGGAAGAAAUUAUGAUAGUUAUUGUAAUUAAAAUUGAACAAUUCAAGACACUCAUAAUGGCGAUGCAUUUGUUGUUUUCAAAUACCGAUUUGGUCGUACAUUUAUGAGCGUGUCUGGACAACGCGUAAUUCGGUCUCUAACGAGUAUCGAUCACAUUAUGGGCACUCUCAUUCAUCACUCCAGUAAAAGCAUUUAUACCAUUUGCAUUUAGCCAGUUAACAAAUAGGCAUUUGAUCAAAGUAAUAUUACUAUAGGGAACGAGUGCCAAGAUAAUUUAAAUAUGACUCGUUACUACGCUAAGCGAACUAUGACAAACUAUAAUAAAGUAUUUUUGUAAUAUUUUCUUGCUGGUUUGGUCAAGGAAAGAAAUGUUAGUCACAUAGCUUUUAUUUAUACACUGAGCAUAUCGUGCCGACGCAGUAGUUACUUCCCUGCGCGCUGCGCAGUAUAAUUAAGUGAAUGUGCGAACAUCGACGUUAAUAUACCAACCGUUGAGAAAUUAUGUAUCCUCAAAUUAUAAUUAUGCAACA